AUGGCCUUUAUACGAAGCUACUUCCCUGCUAAACCAUUACUCCUAGAAAAAGAUGUGGCUGAUUUGAGAGAUAAAGUUUUUAUCAUUACCGGAGGUACGGGAGGUAUAGGUCUUGAAUUAGCCAAGAUCUUAUAUCACGCCAAUGCAACCCGAAUUUAUCUUCUUUCUCGAUCUUCGCAGUCUGGUGAUGCAGCAAUCGCGCUGGUCAAGACAUCGGAGCCUCCUCCUGGAAUGAAACCACGUUCUGCCGGACAAGAAGACACCAUUCGCUUCAUUGCGCUCGAUCUCGGAGAUUUCUCCAGCAUCAAGGCAGCAGCAGAAUCAUUCCUAAAGGUUGAGUCACGCCUUGAUAUCAUAUGGCAUAAUGCAGCCGUUAUGCUUGCCCCAGAGGGCAGCGUUAGCAAGCAGGGUCACGAGUUAACCUUUGCAACUAAUGUUUUCGGCCCCUUUUUAUUACAGCGCUUUCUGACUCCAAUCAUGCUCAAAACAACCCUAAAUCCUGGUACAGCGAAAAAUUCUGUUCGAGUUUGUUGGGCCGGGUCUGGCGAAAGCGUACCACCACCAGGAGAAGAUGGUAUUUUGUGGGAUGAUUGGAAGCUAAGCUCUACUGAAUUUGGCGGCUUCAAAGGUCGUACCAGUAGAUACAUGCAAAGCAAGGCUGCAAACGCAAUACUCGCAGCCGAGAUGGCGAAGCUCCAUCCGGACAUCAUCAGCUGCGCAUUUAACCCGGGAGCUAUCAAGACGGAUAUCGCCCGUCACGCACCGUGGUUCCUGCAAGUCUUCCACAAUUUUAUGUCUCACCCAGUACGAUUCGGUGCCCUGACGGAGCUUUAUGCUGGAUUUUCAGAUGAAGUUGCCAUGAGAAAUGGAUGUUUCAUCGUUCCUUUUGGUCGUGUCGGUACAACUUCUCCAAAUGUCGAGGCUGGAAUCGCGGAGAGGGAUUCUGGCAAGAGGCUUUGGGAUCUGUGUGAGCAAAUUGUCCGAGAUUAUUACUAA